CGUAAACACAACUGCACGUUUUCGGGCAAAAUAAAUAAACCACUCUGUAUAGUUGUUGUGUAUUUGACAGCGCCCUCUGUUGGUUGAUUCGCUUAUUAGCGCAAGACCAAGGGUCUGUUUGGGAGAUAGUUUUUGAGGAGUGGCUGGACAUAUGAAGUUGAUCUGGAAAGGAGCCAGCUGUGAUUUAAAUUUACUUGGUCUUUGCAGUCUGAUCGUCCCUAGUCGCCAACAUGGCAGGAAUUGGCAGACUCUCCACUAAAGGCUCAGUGCUGUUACUGUGUGACAUGCAGGAGAAGUUCAGACCCACUAUCUACCAGUUCACAAAUAUUGUGAGCAAUGCUGCAAGAUUGCUACAGGCAUGUCGAAUCUUGAACAUCCCCCAGAUUUUGACCGAGCAGUACCCCAAAGGUCUAGGACCCACGGUUCCUGAGCUGGGUGCUGAAGGGCUGAAGCCUCAUGCAAAGACUAGUUUCUCCAUGAUGAUAGACAGUGUGGAGAGCUCACUGAAGAGCCUGGGAGAUCCUAAGCAGGUCAUACUGUGUGGCAUUGAGGCUCAAGCCUGCAUCGCGUGCACAACCUUUGAUCUCCUGGAGCAAGGCAAGGAGGUUCACAUUGUAGCAGAUGCUGUCUCCUCUCGAAGUCAGACAGAUCGCCUCUUUGCACUGUCACGACUGAAGCAGAGUGGGGCGUUUCUUACCACUACGGAGGGAGUUUUAUUACAACUAGUGCAGAAUGCCAAGCACCCCAACUUUAAAGAAAUCCAGAAGCUCAUGGCUCACCCCUCCCCUGAUACAGGCCUGCUGGCCUUCUACAGCUCCCUUUAGGGCCAGUCACACACCACACCCUGCAGACAAAAUUAAAAAAAAUUACUGUAACUUCACACAAACUCUGUGCAGUUUC